CUACGGCUGCGGGGCCUUCCAGGCCGGACCCCGCGCGGCGCAGCCCCUGUCGCCAUGGGAACGGGCCCUUCCAGUGCGGGCGGCGCGCAGCAUGGCGGUGCUGUUGAGCGCGGCGCUGUGCGGCGUCCGGAGCGGACGGGCGUUCGGCACGGCCGCUGCACUCUGCAAGCGGGCAGCCCCGCUGGGGCCGAUGCCCAACGAGGAUAUUGAUGUCAGCAACUUAGAAGCACUGGAAAAAUAGCGCAGUUUCAGUCGGUACUUGAGGCUGGCGGAGAAGGAGAGCAGGAAGCCGCACUGGUGGCAGACGGCCCGGCAGCACAGCAGCCCCAAGCCAGGUACUCGGCCAAGGGGCUGCGCCGUGCGGGAUUUUGCUGCUGGAGGUCAAGAAGGCUGUUGCUGGGGCUGCAUUUUGCCCCAAAGAGCUGAUGAGGGGCUUUGGCACAAGAGCCGAAGACCGACAUCAGCUUGCCGCGUGAGAAGUUGCUGCGGGCAAAGGAAAUCAAGGCAAGAAAGAAGAUCCUGAGGGAGAACCGCCAGAAUGCCGAGAUGGAAAGAGCAGCGCGGCUCCGGACUGCGCUGAUCCCCCUCGAUGAGGUCAGAGCUGAGUGGGAGAAGAGCAGCGGCCCGUUCCACAAGCAGCGAGUGGCCGAGCACUGCGGGGUGUUUCGUGACUUAUUCCGAGGGGCCACGUUCACCCCUUGGGUCACCUUGAGGGUGGAGUACAGCCAAGAAGAUGAGCACGUCGUGCCGGUCUACUAUGGGAACAUGGUGACUCCAUCAGAGGCUUCCAGUCCCCCCGCAGUGUCAUACGAGGCAGAUAAAGGCUCCCUGUGGACUUUGUUGCUCACAAAUCCGGAUGGACAUUUAAGAGACACGCACUCCGAGUACCUGCACUGGCUGGUGACGAACAUCCCAGGCAACGACAUCCAGUCGGGUAAGGAGAUCUGCCAUUACCUGCCCCCCUUCCCCGCCAUGGGCACUGGCUACCAUCGCUUCAUCUUCCUGCUCUUCAAGCAAGACCGCCGCGUUGAUUUCAGUGAGGAUGUUCGGCCCACGCCCUGCCACAGCCUCAAGAUGAGAACCUUUAGCACGUUUGACUUCUACAGAAAGCACGAGGAUGCCAUGACCCCGGCAGGGCUGGCGUUUUUCCAGUGCCAGUGGGACAGCUGCGUUUCCUGGGUCUCCCAUCAGCUCCUCAAUAUGAGAGAGCCCGUGUUUGAAUUUGUGCGGCUGCCUGUUUACCAUCCUCCCCAGGUGAAGUUCCCACGCCACCAGCCCCUGAGGUACCUGGACAGGUACCGAGACAGCAAGGAGCCCACCUACGGCAUUUACUAGGGCUGGGCCUCCCCUCGAGGUGCUCAGCUCUGCGCUGGCUGGAAGGGCUGGGCUUAUCCUUCCUUGGAAAAAUCAUUAAAUGAACCCAGAUCAAGUA